AUGAGGGAGCACAACCUAGAUAGACAGAAUGAUACGAGAGUGCUCUAUUUUAUCCUUCUUGGUUUCCCUGGGUCUCAAUAUUUACAACAGUUCAUCUUUACACUCUUUCUAGUUAUGUAUAUCCUUGCCGUAUUGGGAAAUGUGACCAUCUUUAUUCUAGUGAUAGCAAACCAGCGCCUCCACAUUCCCAUGUAUUUCUUCCUUUGCAAUCUCUCUUUCCUGGAGAUAUGGUACACAACAGCUUCUAUUCCUAAGGCCCUGGCCAUUAUUCUAGGGAGGAGCAGAAACAUCUCUUUCACUGGCUGCAUUCUACAAAUGUACUUUGUUUUUGCCCUUGGGCUCACAGAAUAUUUCCUGCUAUCGGCUAUGGCUUAUGACCGAUAUUUGGCCAUAUGUUACCCUCUGCACUACAGCACCAUAAUGGACCUCAGCCUCUCUGGUAAACUGGCACUCAGCUCUUGGCUGUGUGGAUUCCUUGUUAUUUGCAUACCAGCUUUUCUCAUCACAAGACUGUCCUUCUGUGGGCCCAAUGUGAUUAACCACUUUUACUGUAGUAUUGAUUCCUGGAUAGUCCUCUCUUGCACUGACACCUAUGCCAUUGAGAUGGCAGCAUUUGUGAUAUCGUUCGUUGUCAUCUUGGGCUCAUGCUUGAUAACCUUUCUUUCCUACAUAUACAUCAUUUCCACCAUUCUGCACAUCCCUUCUACCAAAGGACAGCAAAAGGCUUUCUCUACAUGCUCUUCGCAUCUUGCGGUUGUGAUGAUAUGGUACAGUGCCACCAUCUUUCUGUUUGUCAAGCCUUCUAAACGGACAUCUUCAGAAAUGACCAAAAUUGUGAACAUCCUGAGUACUAUUGUGACUCCAUUGCUGAACCCUUUUAUCUACACGCUACGAAACAAAGAUGUGAAGAAAAGCUUUCCCAAGUUGGUCAAGUCUUUGGAGAUAACCUUUCAAGGAAGCAUUUGGUCAUGUGGAAAUGGCAUCCCUACUGCUGAAGAUGGCAAAGAUGCUGGCUUCCAGGUGCCCCACAGCUCUGUGGUGGCAAAGCCUGGAAGUGGUCACAACCAUGCCACUAGGCUGGCAUCCAAGUGGCCAGCUGCAGACGCCAUAAAUAAGCCAGAACCGACCCGGCAUCGAUUUCCAGAGCAGACCUCGGCAGCGUCGUCACCGGAAGACCUGGAGGACCACUGCUCCCUGACCUCCUGGCAUACGCUGCUCCAGCGUCGCCCGAGCGGGGCGGAAGAACAUGUCCCCAGGAACCUCGGCGGUAUGAACCGGAGAAUGUCCGCCAUAGAUGCAAGGUGGGCGCAGGGGAGGGAGUGUGGGAAAGCGCCCGCCAGGCGCCAGCCCGUUAAGACGCAGGCAGCGGCUUCCAGCAGCGUUUUCAUAACAAAGUCGCGCCUUCCAAAGCACUCGUGGAAACCUUGCCGGCUGGGGCUGGAGAUGGGCGAAGCGUGA